AAUGUGUGAAAUUGAUGAAUUCUCUUAGUGUGCGAAAUAUGUAAGAACUCUGCAAUUUAAAUCUUUUGAUUUGUCUGGAAAAGUUUGGAAGGAGGAAAGUAUGAAUGUGCUGACAAAGUGCAGAAUAGUACCAUCAUGUGGAGGUCUUCUUUUAUUGCCGGUAGUUCUCUAUCUUAUCAUGGUUCUCCUUUUCCGGGAUUCUAGAAAUACUGUGAUUCUUCAAGAACAAUCAUGUGACAUUGAAAUGUUAUCAGUAUUGAAAGAAAGUGAAAUGGCUCUUUAUCAAAAGUGUUACAGAGAUAUCCAAGCCAUAGGUGGAGGCGACUGGACAUUUAAAUCAACUCGACAGUGCCUAGAUAUAAAUUCUGAAUUCUACAUACGUUCAAUAGAUGGUAGAAAACAGCUUAUUCCAACGUGUAACAGCAAUAAUGUAUCUAUUAACGCCGUGACAAAUUUCAACCAAUCGCUUCCGGUGUAUGAAUUUCCAAACAGAUGCAUUAACUUAAUCAUUGACAAAUUUUGUUCUGGUGGGGGAGUUGUACCGAAUAUAUUACACUACAUUUGGUUUGGAAUACAAAAUUUUGAGCUUAUUCAUUUCGUUAGUUUCUAUAGUGCUUAUAAAAAGCAGAAGCCAUGUUUAAUUUUACUCUUUUCUGAUUUUUUACCAUUUGGUGACUUGUGGGAUCUUUUACUCACUGUUAUUCCCAAUAUAAUUCAUAUUAGAGUUUCACCUCCAUUAUAUAUCUCAGGAAGACGUAUUUCAUGGGUGCAGCAUAAAUCAGACAUAGUUAGACUUCAUAUUUUGAAAGAGUAUGGUGGCAUAUAUUGUGAUACAGAUCAAAUAAUCCUACGAUCACUAAAUGUCUUCAGAAACAAUGAAUGUACAAUGGGCAAUGCGCAUGAUGGUUCCCUUGGAAGUGCAUUAAUUCUGGCAGCAAAGAACUCCCAAUUUAUUAAUAAAUGGAUCGAAAGUUACAUAUCUUAUGAUCCAACGAAGUGGGGAGACAACUCGGUGACUAUGGCCAUGAAGCUCGCCAAAGAGAAUAAGGAUUUAAUUGAAGUGCAAGAUCAUCAUUGCGUUUUCUUUCCACACGCAAUGAUUUUGUAUAACCAGAAUUACAAAUGGUCUCACAGUUACGGGUUACACGUCUAUAAACUUGGUCAUAUAGAAGAAUUAAAAAGGCUGAAUUUCACAAAUAUACGACGCCUAAACAGUACAAUAGGUGCUGUGAUUCGGUACAUUUUGUACGGAAACAAAGAGAUGUGUGAAUAAA